AGUGGGCGACAGCUGAAAAGGCGGCGAACGGAAGGGGCCGGCCACCGACGCUCGCGCGGUUCCUUCUGGGAGUUGUAGUUUCACAAGCCCCAUGCCCGGGCUGGCGCCGGUCGGACUCCGCGUCCCAACAUCCUCUGCGCUAACUCUGGAGCACUUCCGCCCUGUUGUGAAGUGGGUGUCUCGGUGGCGCCUUGGGAAUCAGCCCUUGUCACACAAGCCCCACAAAGGACACUGUCCAUGCAGAAAGCCGAAGACAGCCCAGCUGAAGUGAGGCAUCUGGGCUAGACCAUGGCUGUGGUCUUGGACUCUCGGUCCCAGGCCUCUCCCCCACCAGAGCCUGAAGACCUCCUGAUUGUGAAACUGGAAGAGGACUCUUGGGACUCAGAACCCAAACUCCUGGAGAGGCACCAUGAGCCUGUUCCUGGCCCUGAGGCCUCCCGCCGGCGCUUCCGACAGUUUCAGUACAGGGAUGCCGCUGGGCCCCAUGAAGCCUUCAGCCAGCUCUGGGCUCUCUGCUGCCGUUGGCUGAGGCCAGAGAUCCGCCUCAAAGAGCAGAUCCUGGAGCUGCUGGUGCUGGAGCAGUUCCUGACAAUCUUACCCAGGGAGGUCCAGACCUGGGUGCAGGCGCGCCAUCCCGAGAGUGGGGAGGAAGCGGUAGCUCUGGUGGAGGACUGGCACCGUGAGGCCCGGGCAGCAGGACGGCGGGAAUUGGAACUGUGUGCAAAAGAGGCCAAGUCUUUAAAGGCAGUGCGAGAAUCUCAGAGCUUCCAGCUACAGGCAGUAGAUCACUGGCCCGAGGGACCAUCCCAGAAGCAGUGGAUGAAGAAUUCAUGUCGCGAUGUUCCCAAGCAUCUAAAUCCUAAGAUGGCACCACAGCCCUUGAAAGAGAGUGCUAUCCUCACUCCCCAAGUCCCUGCUCUCCCAAAGGUGGGCAGUGUUGGAGAUUGGGAGGUGACAGUCGAGUCCCAGGAAGCCUUGGGUCCCGGCAAGCAAGUGGAGAAGGAGUUCUGUGAGGACACUGUGGGAGAUGACUGUGGAGACCAUGUGUGCCUGGGAGUUCCAGUUUCAAAGGCUAGCAUCACCUCACAGCAAGAGCAAGGAUCAGAAUUUUGGGGCUUAAGCCUUGUAAAUUCCACAAAAAGGAACUCUGCAGAUGAUAUCCUGGAUAAUGAGCAAACAAAAGCAGCCCCAGCACUGGCCUGGAAGGACUCAAAGGCCUGGGAGGAACAGUGCCAGUGGGAUGUGGAGGACAUGAAGGUGUCAGGCGUUCACUGGGGCUACGAGGAGACCAAGACUUUUUUGGCAAUUUUGAGUGAGUCUCCCUUCUCUGAAAAGCUCCGGACUUGCCACCAAAACCGCCAGGUGUACCGGGCCAUUGCAGAGCGACUAAGAGCUCGGGGCUUCCUCCGGACACUAGAGCAGUGUCGUUACAGGGUCAAAAACCUCCUGCGGAACUACCGGAAGGCCAAGAGCAGCCACCCCCCGGGGACCUGCCCUUUCUAUGAGGAGCUGGAGGCCUUGGUGCGGUCUCGGAUGACUGUCAGAGCCACAGGCGGUCCGGGAGAGGCCAUGGCACUGCCCAGGCUGGGGGAUAGUGAUGCAGAGAUGGACGAGCAGGAGGAAAGAGGCUGGGAACCAGAGGAAACAGCAGAAUGUUGUAACGGUGCUGGCCCCGCCACUGACGAGUCCAGCCAGGGACACAAGAUCUCAGGGCAUCCAACACUGCUACAAAGUCGAAUUGCAGGUGUGCACUGGGGCUACGAGGAAACCAAGGCCUUCCUGGCAAUCCUCAGUGAGUCUCCGUUCUCUGAGAAGCUCCGCACCUGUCACCAGAACAGCCAGGUGUACCGGGCCAUCGCAGAGCGGCUGUGUGCCCUGGGCUUCCUGCGGACAUUGGAACAGUGUCGCUACCGAUUCAAAAACCUGCUUCGAAGCUAUCGGAAAGCCAAGAGCAGUCAUCCACCUGGGACGUGCCCCUUCUAUGAGGAGCUGGAUUCCCUGAUGAGGGCUCGGAUCGCAGUCAGGGCACUGGGGGCUGUCCGGGAGAGCACAGGGGGCCACAUGGAGGCUGGCAGUGUUGAGGUCUGGGGCGAGGUGGCAGGUGGAGAUGCAAUGAGGGCUAAAACUCCAGACACAGGCUUUGAGAUGAGAUGUGAGGAUGAAGAUGAGACUUGGGAGCAGGACAUUCUUGAGGAGUCUCCCGGACACUUAUCACAGUGUAUUCCAGAUGCUGUUUGCCGUGCUCAUGACUGGGGGGAAGACAGUGACCAUGAAAACAGCGGUGAGGGGGAGUUGGAGGACCCCCCAGAGGAACAGUGGGAGGAGUGUUCAUCUGAAGAGGACUUAGAAAAACUCAUUGACCACCGAGGCCUGUAUCUUGCAGAGAAACCCUACAAGAGUGACACCUGUGUGAAGAGUUUCAGCCGGAGCUCCCACUUCCUUGCUCACCAGCAGGUGCACACAAAUGAGAAGGCCCAUAAACGCCUGGUGUGUGGGAAAGGCUUUCAUGACUGUUCUGACCUCAGUACCUAUCAGGGACUUCACACUGGACAGCAACCCUACAAAUGCCUUGAAUAUGAGCAGAGCUUUAGCGAUCACUCCAGUUUGGUCACCCAUCAGAGAAUCCAUGUGGGUGAGAAGCCCCAUCAGUGUGGGGAAUGCUGGGAAAGCUUUAAUCAGAGUUCAAACCUUCUGAAGCAUCAGAGGGUCCACUGGGGAGGAGAUCCUGAGCAGCGCAGUGAGCCUGGGGAGCGCUUGGGCAGAAGCCCAUCUCGUAGUGCUCACUGGAGAAGCUCCACAGGGGAGACGACUCCCGAGGAAGCUCCAAGUAGCAGGAAGAGCCUGCCGCCCAGCACCCACUUAGAGGAGAAACUCUAUCAGUGUUCGGAAUGUGGAAGAAGCUUCUCCAAGAGUUCUGCUCUCAUCAGCCACCAAAGAAUCCACACGGGUGAGAAACCCUACGAGUGCGGCGAGUGUGGGAAGAGCUUUAGUAAGAGCUCCACUCUGGCCAACCACCAGCGGACCCACACCGGGGAGAAGCCCUACAAGUGUGUGGACUGCGGCAAGUGCUUCAGCGAGCGCUCCAAGCUCAUCACACACCAGAGAGUGCACACGGGCGAGAAGCCUUACAAAUGCCUCGAGUGCGGCAAGUUCUUCCGUGACCGCUCUAAUCUCAUCACCCACCAGAGGAUCCACACCGGGGAGAAGCCCUACCAGUGCCGGGAGUGUGGCAAAUGCUUCAACCAGAGCUCCAGCCUGAUUAUCCACCAGAGGACCCACACUGGAGAGAAGCCCUACAAGUGCACAGAGUGUGGCAAAGACUUCAACAACAGCUCCCACUUCAGUGCCCACCGCAGAACCCACACAGCUGGCAAGGCAUCAUAGGAGACCCUCCCCGAGCACAAGCACAGAAGGCGACCAGUGUUUACCUCCCUCGAGAGCACAGGACACGUGCUAAAAAGAAGUCCACCUGUUUGUAAACUGGGUGUAUACCCAGGAAGGUUAUCUUGGUAUCAUCCAGGUAAUUUGGAAGUGAAUUCAGACACUAAGGAUCCAC